AUGCGUAAGAUUAUUUACUGGACGUUGAACACGUUCUUUCCCGCAAUACAGCUCUUCUUCGAGUCGGGCUCGUCGUGUACCAUCGACUGCGGGAGGUUCCCGGACGCAAUCGUUGGGCUGGAUCCCGCACUCCGAUUCAGAUUGACGGAUUGUGCAUACGAAGAAGAAGGUCGCGUGGUUAACAGCAUACUGCCUCGACGUUUUGUACAUUCCGGUACUGGUCUCGUCAUACAAGAAGCAGUAAUCGCCCAUCGCACGAGUAUUGCAAUCCGGAAUUUUUCGGAUCCACAGAAAACCCAGCUAUGGCGACCAGGCGUUGUUGUCCAGCCCAAGAUUACAAAAGAGCUGCACACAGUCGUUGGGCUCAGGCUGAGGGGAAUGGACAAAACAGCGUACAUAUGGGCGAAGGCUGCGGUGCCUACCGGAGGAAGGGUGUGGGGAAACGUGAGGUCAUCUGGCCUGCAAGACGAUCUGCCUGUCCCCAUACUCCCUUCUGUAGAGGAGGAGCCCGGCGCUCAAACAGUCGUGGUUAUUAAGGACAGCCUGAUCGAGCGCAAUCGCCAGGGCAAUAGGGAGAUGGGGACCUUCGAGGCCAUUACACCAGAAGAUUCUUCGACCGAAGCGGAUGUAAGGAUCUUGAAGUGGGGUACUGAGUCGAUCCCAGGCGCGGGCGCAGCUAUAAAGACACUAAUUCCCACGUCAGUACUGUUCAGCACCGCGCAUCGCAUCUACAACAGUCAGUACAUCUUGCAAGUUGCUGUUGGUUUUUACUCACAGCGUACAGAACUCUCCGAUACCAUCCAACUAUACAUCAUCAUGUCCGGCGCCACCGCUAUCGUCCUCUACCCUCGCAAGGAGGGCUCCACCUUUAACAAGGAGUACUACCUCAAGACACACAUGCCGCUGGCCAUGAAGAACUGGAAAGACCACGGUCUCAAGUCCUACGCCGUCAGUGAGCUCAACGCCGAUGGUCCAUACGCCAUCAGCACCGUCAUGGAGUUUGACAGCCCGGAGAGUGUCGGAAAGGCCUUGCAGAGUGAGGGCACCAAGGAGGUCAUGGAGGACGUAAAGAACUUCAGCAGCGAGACACCGAUCCUCGUUCACGGCAAUGUCGUCGGACGGAGUUAG